CCGCGAAUUUCAUAUCGGCCGCACGUUAUGUAGGCGUCACUCGUUUAAUUUACGACGCGUUCGGAAUUCGAAUAAUGGCAUAUUUUCUUUAUUUUAUACUUAAGUGAUAGUGACGAUUGUGACAUUUUAUAAUUAAAAAUUACAAUUAACUGUGAAAGUGUUUUAACUGGAGGUAAAAGUGGUUUAAUUGUUUGCUUCGUUGUAAAAUGUCGGAAAUUUUCUUCCCGAUCACCGGCGCUAAUGAAGCAAUCUGCAAGCGGAAUAUUGAACUAGCAGCCACUCGAACCGACGUUUAAGUGCAAUAAAAUAACACUCCCAAGCGACAAAACCAAACAAAACUAACCCCUAUAUCGAACGCAAAAGGAACAUAGUCCUCAUAAACGAAUACACAAUCCAAUGGCUCUGUGCGGAAUUGGAAAGACAAUCCAAGCGAUAUGUCAAUUAAAAUACAAUCGGGACUGUAAUCAAUUUCGUGAGCCCAAGACGCGACUCCUUCGCGAGGUUAAACAUCAGACCUGAUUUAAUUAUUUUGAAAGAAUAGAGUUAGUCAAACGGAGAAACCUGAUGUAUGGUACCAAAAGAAAAAAAGUAAUCGACCCAGUCAGGGACUCGUAUGGCGUCUCAAAAUAACUCGCACUAUUCACGACCUAGCUUGGUUACUUUAUCUUCGUAUCUUCUCAUACUUGUAUCUUUAGUAUUGCAAGCAGACUCGGCGUUCGCCUCAUUCGAUUUCAAUUCAACUUUCUCAGGAGUCAAUAUUACCAAUCCCAACUCGACGCUCAAUUGGACUUUUUACGAUAACAACGCGACGGUUGUGAAGCAUCUCCAUAUAAAGCAUUCGAAAUAUUCUACCCUCGUAACUGUGCUAUUGGCAGCGAUUUUUAUGAUAGUCAUAUUCGGAACAAUAGUUGGAAAUAUUUUGGUUUGUGUCGCAGUUUGUUUAGUGAGAAAACUGAGACGACCUAGUAAUUAUUUAAUCGUUUCGCUGGCAGUAAGCGAUCUGUGUGUUGCGAUUAUGGUAAUGCCAGUUGCAAUGGUGUACGAUCUAAUGGGGUCAUGGCCUUUCGGACCUGUCAUAUGUGACUUCUGGGUAUCGAGUGACGUUUUAUCGUGUGCAGCGAGCAUAUUGAACUUAUGUAUGAUAUCCGUGGAUCGAUAUUAUGCAAUAACGAAGCCUUUAGAAUAUGGAGUUAAACGGACGCCGAGGAGAAUGCUUUUCUGCGUGUUUAUUGUUUGGAUGAGUGCUGCGUUUAUUUCCCUCCCACCAGUAUUAAUAUUAGGUAACGAGAAAUCAGACACGUCAUGCUCAGUAUCACAGAAUCAGGGUUAUCAAAUUUAUGCAACCUUUGGUUCGUUUUAUUUACCCUUAACGGUUAUGGUUGUGGUAUACUACAAGAUUUUUAGUGCUGCGAGGAAGAUUGUGAAAGAUGAAAGAAGAGCACAAUCGCAUUUAGAAUCGCACUGCUAUUUGGAGAUAAAUGUAAAAAAUGGAGGUGCAGCCGAAGCUAAGCUUUUGGAAAAUCAGCCUCAGAACCCUACAAGGGGAUCCACCGCGAGUACGAAUACUACUUGCAGCGUCGAUAAAGCAGAAAAUUCUAUAGGAAGAUGUUUUUCCGGGCGGAAAUCGAACGAAUCACAAUGCCCUAUGUUACAACCACCAAAGACCCCAACCAAACCGAUACACACGAUCAAUCGACCGGCCUGCCAAAAUUUAAACCCAGAUAGUAAUCUAAAAGAACGGCGAAGACCAUCUUCAGAUAAUCAAAAGCAAACUAGUAGAAUUCGCUCGUCAUUAUCUACUUUCGCACAAAAAAGUCACAUUGCCAAGGACUUACUACAUCCAGUAAACUCUCCACAUCAGAAAAAGCUCAGAUUUCAUCUUGCUAAGGAGCGGAAAGCAUCAACUACUCUCGGCAUAAUAAUGUCAGCGUUCAUUGUGUGUUGGCUGCCUUUCUUUGUGCUGGCCCUAAUUAGGCCGUUUGUCAACGAAGAUACAAUUCCUGACGCCGUCAGCGCUCUCUUUUUAUGGCUGGGGUACUUAAAUAGCCUUCUGAACCCAAUAAUUUACGCGACUCUGAACAGGGAUUUUAGGAAGCCGUUCCAAGAAAUUCUCUUUUUCCGAUGCUCAAAUUUAAAUCAUAUGAUGCGUGAGGAAUUCUACCACAGUCAAUAUGGGGGGCCAGAACCGCAUUAUUGUGUGAAUAACUCGAAGAAUCAGAACUAUGAUGAGGGUGUAGAGAUUGUAUCUGCCGUCGACCGGGAAGAAACGAGGGCGACUGAGAGCUUUCUAUGAUUGUCAAUACCCAAGGUCGAGGACCUAGAUUCUGUGAUCUAAUUAAGACUUUGCAAGGUGUCGUGCCGUUAGUAUUAAACAUGUACCAAUCAAACUAGUCGUCAUAGUCGGUUUAAUAUUUCUUUGUAUUUUUUACUAAAUGGCUCAAACUUUAAUACCCUAAUAAUUGAAAAACUUUGAAAAUAUAUUUCUAACUUUUUGUGGAUUCUCUUUAACCUUGAACAAUCAGGAACAAAUUUUGACUUAAAUUUUAGGCAAUUCAAAGGGCCAAGGAUGAGUUAAAAAAUUAUCAAACAGUGAAAAGGCGGCUUUGUUCUUUUAGAGUAGAAAUUUGGGCGAAAUGAUUGAUAGCAAACGGCGCACUGUAAAUAUUUGAACUGACACCCGAUUGUUUGACACGCCCAUAUAGCAUACACAUUCGCUGAGGGUAGUUUUAGUCACGUGUUUUUUGAGCUAAGUUUAGUUAACCCUACAUCUUUCAACGUGUAAAUAUUUGACGUAACCUAUAUUUUCGUGCUGAACAUUCAGGUAGCAAGUUGUUAACGAAUGCUACUUUAGUAGAAGUUUUUUACAAAUGAUUGCCAUCUCCAUUUCCGUUACUAAGUAUGUCCAUGAAACAUAAAGGGGAUUUAUCUGCUAGAAGUAUAUAUACAGGUGUCUUCAAAGCAAAUCUACGAGCUAUUAAGUCUACAAGUCUGUGGGCUUUUUGAAACAAAUACUGCAUUGUGUUCAAAGCCUUUGAAAUCUUACCUAUUCCAGGUAUACGCCAGCAUCGUUUUAGCUCAAGAUUUGUAGGCAUUUUAUCGUGAGACAAAUAUCUCUUUCUAGUAAUAAUACACCAAUGUAUAAUUACAUUUAGUGCUUUAUAGUGUUAAAGUGAAAAAAUAUUACCCGUACACAAAUAAUAGAGCAGUGCUGGUUUAGUGGCAUCAGCGUGCGAAUCACAUCCCUGAGGUCCUAGGUUCGAUAUGCAGCUGUGCACCAAUGGACUUUGUCUAUGUGCGCACUUAACACUCGCGUAAAGGAAAACAUCGUGAAAGGAAACCUUGCAUGCCUUAGUCAAAAAAGUCACCAGUGUCUGUCAGGCACAGAAGGGAACCCACCUACUUGCCUAUUAUAAUAUUAGAAAAUCUGAAGCUUAGACCUAAAACUGGAACCACUAAAAACAAACGAAAUAGAAAUAAACUUAAAAGACAAAACGACCAAUUUAUGUAUUUUUUAAAUAAUAUAGAAAUAUUGGUAACUUUUUAUCUCAUCCAAAAGUCCACCUUUGCUUAGGUUAUACAGAAAUAUACCCUCUUCAUGAAAAAAACAGUCUAAUUACACGGUUUUAACAAAAGCACUUUCAAUCUCUUUAUAAUGUAGUGUGAAUGCAAUGUGAGGGAAAACAAGAUAAAACAAAAGAGUAUUUUAGAUGAAACAUUGCAAGCACACAGAGUUUUUAUGAAUACGGUCGUCAAGUCUCUACGUAAGAAGUGUGAAGCUAAGUACACAAAUUCAUUGUGAAAAUAAUUUCAUUUAAUUAAUAUUCAUCCUUUGGAAUUACCUAAAAGUGUAAAUGCCCCAUCCCAACCGACCAUUUUGAUACAAUGUAUAGCCUAUUUAAUUAUAAGUUUUUUAAACCAAGGAAUUAAAUAACCAGCUUGACCAAAGAGUCUAGCUAUAGAAGUGUAACUUGAAUUUAUUGUACCAAGCAUGAGACUUUAUUGCUAACGUAUCGUUUGCUAUUGUAGAAGAUUAUAUCUAUUUAAUAUUUAAUUAACAAAAUCGUGUACAUUGAAAUUAACUAAUUAAUUUGUGGAUAUAUGGAUGUUUCACGAAAAACAAUGCACUAGUAAAAAUAGUUUAAACAAACAAUGAUGACCUAGGUGUACGCACACGAACGCACCCUUUUGAUAUAUUUGUUUAUCACGCACAGAAUAUUGCGUAUUAAUUUUUAAUUAAACACGUGUCACACUCGCGUAAAUGACAUAAAAACAAGCGUGUAUGAAGAUCAGUUUGUUAAUUCGAUAUUUAAAUGUAUAAAGCAUCAUUAAAGUAAAAUAAAAGUAAUAUAAGUUGUCGCAAAAUUAACGAUAUGAGAAAUAAAUAAUUGCAAUUUUAACUGAUAUUAUGAUAACGAUAUGGCGUAAUAAUUCUCAUGCUUCGAACAUGUAUGAAUUUAUCUUAAGUGAUGUGACUGUGUAGCAUAAAGUUAGAUACAUGUGAUAGUAGUAAUAGUAGUUAUUGUUUGUCAAUAAUUUUCUUAACUUAUAUUUCAAAUUUCAUAGUUGAUAUCUAUUCACCGUGUUCUUCUUGCCUAUGUUUCUUCACGUAAUUUACCUUUGAAGUAGAAAAACAAUGUACAAAUUUUAAUGAAUACAAUUGGUACUGCCAUAUAUUGUAUACCAGUUUAAUAUAAUUUCUUGUAUGAAAGUUUAUUGUAGUUAAAAUUGUACAGAAAUAUUUAAUAUCCUACGUAUUUGCAUAAAACUAUUUUUAUUUCCAUAUAUAUUGUACCGUUACAUUUUUUCUUGUUGAAUGUGUAAACCUUAAACAUUUCAUUUAUAACAAUUAAAUUGUAUAAACUAAAAAUGUAAAUAGUGUUACAUGUAAGUAGAUUAAUUAUAUUAUAAGUACAUAAUAUAUAUUAUUAAUAUACCAGAAACCGUGGGGAAACUACGCUUGAAAAGUUAUUUGACAGUUCGAUUUGAUGUAACUAUAAUGAAAAUAUAUCUAAAUUGGUGUGGUUUCUUUCCGUAGAAAUAUAUGAUAAAAAUAUAUAUAAUUCUUUCAGUAUUUCUGUAGUUUAGAUGUGUUGCCGUGUAAAAACUUUUGUAAACGGCCUCGUAUAAAAUACUAUUAUACUAUUAACUCUUUUAUUUUAAUUUUGAAGAUAAAAUUUAAUUUGGAUUAAAUUAACCGUUCAAAAGUUCUAUGCGCUACAAUUCCUCUAAAUUAUUUACAAACAAAAUUUGGAUUAAAUCUAAUUAUAUACUAACUUAAAUGUUUAUUCUGUGAUGACAUUUAGGGAAAAUUUGUAUAAUAUUCUUAAAUAUUCGCUAAAAAACACAUGUACACGUAGUAUCACUUCCUAGAUAGGUUUAAUGAAAUCAUAAUAUAUAGAUUCGAAAGUAAUGCAACUUAGAUUUUGAAUCUUUGGAAAAAUCCACAGACCCAAAAUGUUAAUUUACACUUAUUUAAGACUAAGAUUCUGUAUAAAUGAUCAAAGUGCAACAUGAAAUUGCUUAAGAUUUUGUGUAUAUAAAAUUGUAGGUUCCUUAUUUAUAAGAACGAUUUUUAUCAGAUAAAUCCAUUGAUCGGAUAAACUAAUAUUUUGGACUUCAAUUUGUUUAUGUAUGUUACUAUGAUUUUAAAUAACUGUGAUUCAGUAUUAACUUUUAAGCAGUGACUUUUAUAUUUCGUACUAGACAAGUAUAGAGAUUUAAAUAGUAAAACCUUACGUACGACGCUCUAUAACCUUAAAUCUCUAAACUCAAAUUGCUGUAGUUUGGCGGCAAUAUUAUUUAUUUAUUAUUUUGUAUGUGAAACGAUUCUAAAGUGUUGUAAAUAAAAAUCUAGCUAUCAUUA